AUGUAGCUCUAUAUGUCAAAAUUGAGUGCAUACAAUGGAUAAGGUUUUUACAGUUCCGUUGAGGCUUAUCAGAAACUCAAAGUAACAUUAUGGCGAGCGCUGCCAAGCGGAAGGAGGCCCAAGAAUUCAGGGCGCUCGAGGAGGCGCGAGAAUCAGUGUUGGCGAAGGUAGCCCCGGACCAAGCACGUCAACUGCGGGCUGAGGACGUCUUGAAGAAUGCGCGAGAGAGCUGCAGUCGGGCUGUAUCAGCCAUGUACGAGAGAAAGCUGCUGCGCGACUCGUUCCACCACAACACCAGCGCAGUGCGGGCGCAGUUCGGAGGCCAGCACGUCCACGGUCUGGACGACUCAGAUGACGAAGAUGAGGCGGACGAAGAAGACGAAGACGAGGCGAAUGGAACAACAGGGAUCCAGCCGCAGCAACACCAGCUGGCAGGGACCGCAGCAACCCACGCAGGAAACCAUCACAAUUACGGUAGUACGCGGCAUCGCAGACAUCUACAGGUUCACGAAACAACUGACAUCGCAGCCGCCUCCACGUCUUGCAUCGCGCCGCACCCGCCGCCAGACCCGCGCGCCGCCGGCACUGCGCGUCGCGCCUCCCUUACAUACGCCCGCGUAAAGUUCGCAGCUGAUCCAGCUGCGUCAAGUGACGGCGGCGGCAGCGGUGAUGGUGAUGGCAAUGGCAGCCGCAGCGAUGGCGGCCGUAAUCUACUGUCACCGGCGUUAUCGGCGCCGCUGCCGAUGCAGGCCCAGGUGAGGCUGGCGACCAGCCACGGCCCGCAUCUCGAGCUCCACAGUGGCAGCAGCAAUAGCAUGCCGGAUGGCUUGGCGAAGGCAGCGGCUGCGGCGUCAGCAACUGUGGCCGCGGGAGCGGGAGCGACCUACGCCACCAGCGCGCCCAGCCGGGUGCCGUGGCCCACGAAGGCUGACAUCAAGCAGCGGCUGGGCUGGCAGGCCAGCAGUCAGGUGCUGGGCGCAUCCCGCCGCGCCCGCCGCGCUUCGACAUCGGAGGUGGGCGUGUUCAAGGACCCGGUGCUCGUCGAGAUGGCAGCGGCGGCGGCGGUGGCGGAGGCGGCGCAGGGCGCCGCGCUGCCGGAUUGGGCCGCGCGCACCGUGACGCUCACUAAUGGUCAGGCGGUGCGGGUGCGGCUUGACCGCGCGCGGUUCCUGCACCUGUUGCAUAACGGUGCGGAUCCGGCUGCGUUCGUGGCAGCGGCCGCAGGCCUGUCCAACGCCACCAGCGCCGCGGCGGCGGCGGAGGCGAUGACGGAGGCGGAGGCGGAAGAGGCGGAGGCGGUGCUGGCAGCGGAGGCAGAGGCGGUAGCGGUGGCGUGUGGCGCGGAUGACGGCACGUCGUCGGCGUCGCCGCCGUCCUCAGGACGGCUGCUGCAGGUGCCGGGAGGCCGGCUGCAGUCCUUGCAGCGGCGCUCCUUUGGGGCGCUGGCGCGCCUGCCGUCUAUCGGCAGCGGCGGAGGCGGCAGCAGCAGCAACAUGUCCGUGGCCGUGGCCAUGGCGGCCGCCACCGCUGCGGCGGCGGCAGCGGACGUUGGAGCCAGGCCGCCGACAGCAUUGAGCGGGGUGCGUGGCGGCGACAUCAAGCGCUCGACCUCGCAGUCGAACACGCGCCCCACCACCGGCACCAGCGUCAGCGCCAGCGUCACUGCGAGCUUAAGUACCUCCGCAGCCCCGUCCAGCCUGUCCUUCAGGAGCUCACUUCGCACCGGCGGCGGCACCGCCGUCGCCGCCGCCAUCAACGCAGCUUACGGCGGCGGCGGCGGUGGCGCUGGGGUAUACGGUGGCGGCCACGCCACCACCGAUGACCUUGGUGAUUCAGCCGGUGUCUUUGGCUGCGGCUCCAGUACUGGCGCAGCGCUUCGCGCCGUUGAGCGGACGCGCAUGCAGGCGGCGGCGGCCGCCGAGGUGGACGGCAAAGGCGCCGCCGCGGCGUCGUACCAGCUGCCCCAACCUUGUAGCCCGCAUCCGCGCCCGCAUGCCGGCCCCAAUAGCGGCGGUGGGCCAUUCGGGGACGGGCUUGCGUCGCCGUACGGAGCAGCAGCCGCCGCGGCAGCGGCCGCCGCCGCUGCUGACGGUGGUGGCGGCUAUGGCGGUGGCCAGGCACCCAUGCUGCCGCACCUCAGCCGCUCCGGCGGCGGCGCAAGCAAGGCGCGGCGCGCGUCACUUGACGAGGCGUGGCUGGCGGCGCAGGCGGGGGCGGGCGGCGGCGGCGCACAGGCCGUCAGUCGCUGGAUGGCAAUGGCGGCGGUGGAGGGAGGCGACGGCGGCGCAGGUGCGGCCGGCGGAGGCGGAGGCACCGGUGCUGGCAGCCGCGCGCCGCCGCGCGCGCGACACUCGCUGUUGCAGCUGAACCUCGCCGGCAGCGAGGGCCGCGAGGGCACGGGCGCGGCUGUGUGGUCGCAGUCGGCGGGCGCGGUGAAUGGCGGUAUUGGCGUCAGCCCCAGCGGCUCCAGCUACACGUCAGGCAGCGGCGUCAUGUCACAUGGCGCGGUGCUUGAGGCGACGAUGCGUUCCGCAGCGGGGGCGUCGUCUGUGUGCAGGAACAGCACCGGCCUCAGCGGCUGGCCUAGCGUAGGGGCUGGUGGCGGCGGUGGCGGUGGCGGUGGCGGUGGCGGUGGCGGUGGCGGGGCUUUUGGACUGCCCGACCGCCGUGCCGUCAGCUAUGGCGGCCCCUCGCCUCAGCAUCAGCAUCAGCAUCAGCAGCCGUCGCCGCUACUGUCAACCACGCAUGGUGGCGGCGGUGCCGCGGGCACUGCCGACGGCGCGGCGGGGACGUCGUAUCCAGGGGUGAGCUCGCCUAUGGUGAUUUCGCCGUCACGUCGUCAAUCAUAUGAUGAGACCGGGGCUGGCAGGUCCAAGGGCGGCUCUGGGCAUGGGCUCGUGUCGUCACUCUUGCGUGCGCUGCGGAGCAAGAAAUGAGGAUUUAGGAAUGCCAAUGUGGGCAAGGCAUCUUGAUUGUUUGCGUUGUUGACAAUCUUGACAUCCGGCUGUGCUCAAUGCAUGGCGUGACCAGCCAAUGUCUCUUGUUCUUGCGCAAGGCCCGCGAGUGCUGUGCACAAGUGAGGAUUUGGUAAAGCCUAUUGAUCGGAGCGAACCUGGAAGUCUAUUGGUGAGUUGCUGGCUGAGAUUGAAGGAGAACGCACACGGCGCCUGCCCACCUGUCAACCCGUCGCUUGUCGGCACAUGCAUGUGGCACUCUACUGAGUGUACAUAAGGCAUGGUGUGUGUGCAAAGACGACGGCGACAACCUGAAAGUACAGCUUAGGAGUGGCAAAAACACAUUUGACGCAUGUGGGCGUGCAGGUUGUAAGUGUUAUCUACUUGCAAGGAUGCGUGAGCAGCACGUGGCAAACGCGUAGCGCGCAUCCACAUAAAUGGGAGUCACGCACUCAUUCAUGCAUCCACACUGAGGACCGAGUGCAAGCUUGACCCGAUGAAAGCCAUAUCGGCAUGUGAGUACAGUUCAGAUGUAUGGCUGGGUGGGGUGGAGGUUGGAUGGUCCGGUACCGUACGGGUAGUACGGGGCUCCUGGACCAGUCACUGGUUCACUGGUUGACAGGAUUUAUUGACAGGAGUUAAUGCACGCAGCUCGUGAUAUGCAUUUGUCUCGUGAUGUGCAUUUGUCUCCUGUCCCAUUUGAAAGUAUGGCUGCAAAUUUAUACUGUCUUACGGGCAGGGCUUACAUCUUCCAGGGGUAGGUCACUGCCGCUGGCGAGAAGUGCCCUAACCACGUUCUCGCCCACAGCAUCCAGGAAACCCCGGAAAAGGGUACUUGGCGUGAUUCGGGGACCAUAUGCAGCCCCACGCGGCGAGAGUGCACCCCCGGAAAUGCCCAAUUUUCUCGCCCGAGAGCCUGCAUUGGGGCCCGUCUGUUGCGGCUCCCCAAAGAUGCAAGCCCUGCGUACGCGGCAAGAGGCAUGUCUACUCCGGCCAGAGGUUGGAUGGCACAUACACGCGGCCUCGCUUUUGGGCUUUCCCAACACAUGGACUGGCGCAGACAUCACACAGAGUGCCCCUGCGAAACCCGAGUGCCAUGUUGUUAUGUUUCCAUACGGUAACGGUACGGUACACGUACACGGCACCACGGUACCAUGCCACGAUCCGGGCGAUCCAGGCGGCCAAUAAGUGGAUUGCCGCUGUUGCGUUGCGCAGCUGUCCAGCUGAGCUUGUCGGAGGCGGGGGCAUGGAUGGUUGACAUGGCCGUCCGCAUCAGGGGCCCGCACAGGUCCGCACUCCUGGUCUGCAUACGAUAGUUCAGUUGCUUGGUCGGCUGUCCCUUCUUUGUAAUCUCGCAAUCAU